AUGUUUAAUAGUAAUCUUAAUUGGGAUGGAAUACCAACAAAAAUUAAACGAGCUAUUGAAACAAGUCUUGAACAUUUGGAUGAACAUAAAUUUAUAUUAAAUGAUACAAAUAUCGAAUUUAUUGAUGAUUAUUGUUGGGAUUUAAUUACAUGUCAUUUAAAGCAACUUCUUUAUAUGAAUAUGGCACAUAAUAAACUUAAAAAUUUACCAUCGCAUAUAUCAAAUCUGAUACAUUUAAAAACGCUUAAUUUGACAAAUAAUCAUCUUGAGAAAUUACCUCCAGCAAUUAUUUCACUUUCUCAUUUACGUAUUCUUAAACUUGGUCAUAAUCAUCUUUGUUCAUUACCUCGUUCAUUUGGUUCACUUAAAUCUCUUGAAAUUCUCGAUUUAACUGGCAAUGAUUUACAUGAAGAUAGUUUAACUAAUGAUUUUUUUCAACUAAGUAAUCUACGUGCGCUAUACCUUGGCGAUAAUUUAUUUGAAACAUUUCCAAAUGAUCAUGUUGACAAACUACAAAACCUACAAAUUCUUGUCUUACGUAACAAUCGUCUACGUCAUAUACCAAAAGAAUUGGCUCGCUUACAUCAAUUAAGAGAACUUCAUAUUCAACAAAAUCAAAUUAAUGUUUUACCACCGGCUUUUGGAAAACUUGAUUUGGGUAAUGUUAAACAUAUUUAUCGAUUUGAACCAAAUCCAUUUAUUCCUGAACUUGCUUUACAAAUGAAUAAUUUAACACGAUUAGCUAGUUAUUUACAAAGUGAUGUAUAUAGAGAAAUUUAUCAAAAUUACUUUUUAAAUUUUGAUGAUAAUGAUUCAAAGAUAAUAAUGAAGAAAACAACAAAGAAGAACAAGAAUGUUUUAACAAAAAAAUAA